AUGAGCACGGCAGUUCCCUUGUCUGCUUUCGUGGCAGAACGCGAAAUAUCCAGUAAAACCGUGCGGCAGCAGAAUGUGCAGGCGGUUACGGCGCUGGGUAAGAUAAUGGCGUCGAGUUUGGGUCCUUCUGGGUUGGACAAGAUGUUAGUGGACAACUUGGGCGAGAUGUUGGUAACCAACGACGGCGCUACGAUUUUGAAGCAGUUGGAGGUGCAGCACCCGGCGGCGAAGGUGUUGGUGGACCUGAGUGACUUGCAGGACCAAGAGGUGGGCGACGGGACGACGAGUGUAAUUUUGUUGGCGGCCGAGUUGAUUAGGCGUGGACAGAUUUUAAUAGAACAGGGCAUCCACCCGACGUGGAUCCUACAGGCGUUUAAGGCGGCUGGGAAGGAGGCGGUUCGGUACGUGCACGCGAAUUUGAGUGUUCCGUCUACUGGGCUAGGUGAAGGUGUCCUAAAGUCGAUAGCGAGUACUUCGCUUUCAUCCAAGUUAAUAGGCGGCGAUGCACCGUUUUUCGCCGAUCUGGUGUGCCAGCUGGUACCCAAGGUUGCGACUGUGGAUCCGAUGACUGGGAAGACGCGUUAUCCGGUAAAGGCGAUCAGUGUGCUCAAGACUCAUGGUAAGAGCACGAAGGAGUCUUUUGUGGUAGAUGGUUUUGCUCUCUCGCAUAUCGGUCGAGCGGCUCAGGGUAUGCCAAUGGUCGUGAAGGAUGCGCGCAUUGCCGUGUUGGAGUUUCCUCUUAAGCAAUACCGUGCUCAGAUGGGUGUCCAGAUUUUGGUGACCGCGGCUGACGAGUUGGAAAAAAUUCGCGAGAUGGAAAAAAAUAUAACGCGCGAUCGCGUGAAGAAGAUCUUGGACGCGGGUGCGAACGUGAUCUUGACCUCGGAAGGCAUCGAUGACAUGACGCUCAAGUACUUUGUGGAGGCCGGGGCCUUCGCAGUGCGGCGUGUUCCAGGCGCGGACUUGCAACGCAUCGCGCGCGCCACCGGCGCUAAGCCUGUGUUGACGAUGAGUAGUUCGGAUGACGACCAGGAAAGCUUUGACCCGGCCUGGUUGGGUCGUGCGGAGCAGGUGUAUGAGGAGCGCGUGGGUGAUUGGGAUUUUGUGUUCAUUCAGAACUGCGCCGGCGGGAGGGCGGCGAGUCUCGUGCUCCGGGGUGCGAAUGACUAUUUGAUUGACGAGCUCGACCGAUGCCUUCAUGACGCCAUAUGCGUCGUGGCCAAGACCCUCGAGUCCGGCGCUGUCUGUGCCGGCGGCGGCGCCGUCGAGACAGCACUCUCCGUUUAUCUUGAAGACUAUGCACGCACCAUGGGCUCUCGCUCCCAAGCCGCCAUCGCUGAAUUUGCACAAGCGCUUCAAGUCAUACCCAAGACCCUAGCCGUCAACGCCGCCAAAGAUGCCACCGACCUUCUCGCACAACUCAAAGCGUGCCAUUACAAGUCCCAAAUCUCGGACGAACAUUCCGACAAACAACUGAAACAUUUCGGAUUAGACCUGACCCAAGGAACCGUACGCGACAAUCUAGCUGCUGGCGUCGUAGAACCCGUCCUCACUAAAACCAAGGCCAUCCGCUUUGCCACCGAAGCAGCCGUCACCAUCCUUCGAGUCGAUGACAUCGUUCGCAACAUGCCUACCGACACACAACAAAACUAA